AGGUAUACAUGUUACCAUUCGUUGUCAAUAAAACCUGGCAUGAUUGUCAAGUGCUAAGGUAAAUGCUAUCAUGGCGGAUCUGUGGCAAACAGUAUCCGAUAUUAUUUGGUAUGAGGGAUUUUGGUUACCUGCUAACCGAACAUGGGCUGAACUUAAAAACGUCGACGAUGGCAUUUAUCACCCACAGACAAGCGACUUAAUAGUACCAGUAUAUCUUUCAGUAUUAGUCUAUGUUGUGCGCUAUGUAUUUGAAAGAUUUAUUUUUGGACCUAUUGGGCAUUCUUUUGGUUUAAAAGCAAUAGUGAAAAAAGCCACUCCUAAUCCAAUACUGGAAAAUGCGUUUAAGCAGAAAAAAGCACCAUCUAAUGAAACAGUACAGCGUGGUAUCAGUAAUCAUCGCCUGUUAUCACAACUGGCUAAGCAAACUAAUAUGACCAUCAGGCAAGUUGAGCGUUGGUUCAGAAUCAGAAGAAACCAAGACAGAACACCAGUGUUUAAAAAGUUUUGUGAAUCUUCCUGGAGAGGAUUGUUUUAUUUCUUCAUAUUUUGGUAUGGAGUCUACUUACAUUUGGAUAAAGUGUGGUUUUACGAAACAAUGCAAGCAUGGGCUGGGUGGCCACAUCAUAAUGUUACAGAUGACAUCUACUGGUACUAUAUGAUUGAAGGUGCCUUCUAUAUCAGCUUACUCUUCUCACUAUUCACGGACAAUAAGAGAAAGGAUUUCACUGAAAUGGUGAUUCAUCAUGUGGCAACUUUAUUGUUGAUGGGAAUGUCAUGGGUGAACAACUUUGUCAGGAUAGGGACCCUGGUACUUCUAGUACAUGAUGCUGUGGACUCAUGGAUGGAGGCUGCCAAAGUGUCUAAAUAUAUUGGCUAUGAUAAAGCCUGUGAAAUAUUAUUUUUCAUAUUUAUGAUAGUGUGGGUCCUUACCAGGAUGAUCAUCUUCCCCUUCAGAAUCAUUCGCUCAACAAUGUUUGAAGCACCAGCUGGCUUGAAUGACCCCACAGUUGGGUGGUGUACCAUGUGGUCUGUAUACAACAUCCUGCUGGUUAUCCUGCAAAUUCUUCACAUUAUUUGGUUCUAUUACAUUUGUUUAAUUGCUCAUGAUGCCAUUCGUGGUCAGAUGCAGAAAGACUCUCGCAGUAGCUUGGAAUCAGCCAGCGAGUCUGGCGGAGAGGCUUUUGAAGGAAAAGAGAGCUUAGAUGCUGGUAAAAACACUGCCAGGUCACUGAAUGGAGUUGUGGAUGCCAAAGUCAAGAAAGUGUCAUAAGCUGAUCUUACACUGAACAAUUGUCUUUUCCUGCCAAAUAGGACUGGUUGUUUGUUAAGAGUUUUUGUUUGAUUUUAUUCACUUUUUAUUUCAUAAUAUAUUACGUUCCUAUUUUAACCACCACUGCUUGUGCCUGAAUAUCAAUAAGUUGCAUGACAAUUCAUCAUACUCUCUCAAAACUUGAACAUUUUAGUUAUUUCAGCCUUCAUUUAGUCUUUCUCAUUUUGUCUCAUCUCUUAAAAGAAGUUAGAAAACAAAAGUUCUAUAAUUGCUUUGAAAUGUUUGAGUUGUAAGGCAUAUUUAAUUUUAAAGACAUUAAGUUAGAAAUGUUUUUUUUACUUUAAAGCUCCUGUUUUAAAUCAAAUGAGCAAGUUGAGCAUGUGAAUCAAAUCUCAUGUCAAGUUUAAUCAACCUGUAUUUAAUCAACUUUUUGCUUACCAGCAUAUUACUUGAAGUUUUUUUUAGCAUUACCUCUCAUAAACAUAGUUAUGUAUUUAUAUAUACAUUAAAAAACCUAUGAGUAAUAAAAUGCUGAAAUUUAAUGAGGUGUCAUAUUUUUUUUUCUUUUACACACAAAGUAGGUUACUAUCUUGAGAUUAAUACUUCAGAGAUUUGUUUAGAUAACUUAAUUGGAUAUGCCAUGGCAAACAGUGAAUUACUGUAGUGAAUCUUUUAAAAUUUAUUUUAACUUUUCACCAUGUUACAAUCACGCUUUGAAGUUUUGUAUUUGAAAUAGAGUGCUCAUUUUGUUUUGAAAUUUUCUAUUUGAAAUAGUGUGCACGUUUUUUUGUUUUACUGUUUUUUUAUGAUUGUAAGAAUUUGUCCUCGUUAUUUUAGAACCUGGAGCUUUUAAAUGUGAGUUUGUAUGAGCUGGUGAUAGUAUUUAUUUUUGAAUCUAUAGCUUGUUCUGCAUCUUGCUUCUUCAACAAUUUCUCUUCAUAUUUUGUUGUUAAUGACAAGUAUUUUUCUAACUCUACUUUCAUCAUUAUGACUGUACACUACUGUUAAAUCUUCAGUUUGUGUCAGAUCUUUUUCUAAGUCAUUUUGAAUGGGCAUGUCUAGUCACUAAUGACUGCUUGUUUAAAUGGACUUUAAAGUUCUAAUGCCUAAGCAGCCAAAGUGGCAUUUUUGAAUGGGACCAGUUAGUUUAGUUGGUCACUUAAUUAAACUGGAUAAACUGAUUAGUUCUUUACUCUCAAGGCAUUAAAAGCACAUUUAUAAUUCUAUGCUUUUUUCCAAUACAAUUUAAAAAAAAAUAUAUGUAAAAAUACCCACAUUCAUUAAAAUGAAAAAAGUACUAUGCAGGAAAAUAGUCUCAGUUUAUUUUAUUUGGGUCUAAAUAGCUUAAUAACUUACAAAUGAUAAAUAAAUAUAAUAAAAAUCCUUAAAGAAAUGGUAAAACUACUUUUACUUUUAUAUCACUGUACAGGUUACAUUAAAUGUAGCCCUGGUUCAUCAGUGCAAGCGUUUUAGUUAGUUUUUUAUUUGACUAAUUAUAUAGCACUUAAUUUCAAGAAAUUGUUUUUGAAAUGUUAAAAAGUUUUGAAAAAUUGAUAGGUAAUUAUAGGACAACGAAUAAAAUGUUCAAUAAAACUUAUUAUGUCUGACUUCACGGUUCUUUAAAAUUCUUAUUACCUUCAACACUUCUAUUACUAUACUGAAAAAAAAAUGCUAUGCUUAGAUUGGGUGCAACAGAGCCACUUGAAAAAAAUAUCGAGUGUAUAGAACAGUAAAAGUUAUUUAAGUCAAUUUUUAGUUAUAUGAACGUACUGUCACCUAUAUAAUAAUUUCUUGUAUGCAAAUUCUAAAAUAUUUUCAGCUUUAAAUUUUGGAAUCUUAACUUUUUGGUUUCAGAGAUUUUGUUCCUAAAAUAUUUUUGUAGUAAUUUGUGACAAAAUUUUUGUUUCUGAAACUAUAUAGAAUUUAAAGGACGAACAUUUUUUUUUCUAAAAUAUUUUCCAUUUUUGUGACUAGGAAGAAAGCUUGUUUCAGUAAUGCAUAUCCAUUGUAUAUAUGAUAAUUUAUAUUUAAAUUUUGCCAUUGUUUAAAUCAUGAUUUUUAUUUUGAUAAUACUUUAUACAUUACCAAUAUUUACAUAUCUCUAAUUAGCAUUAAAUUUUUUGAGUGCUGACGCAAACAUAGUAUGAAAUAAAGUAAUACAAAACAAAACCAUCGAAGUUCUUUUUACAUAGCUAACUAACAACACUAACCUAAAAGCUAAAUACCAUUGUACAUGUGUGCUGUGUAUCUGCCCUAAUCCAUGUGUACUCCUGUGUUGGUGUGGUUAUACUCCAGUCAAGCAUAGCUGGAGGUUUGCAUGAGUUUUUAAAAAAUGUGUUUUAAAUUCAUGAUUUUAAUCUUAACAUACAUGAUGAUAGCUAUGCACAAUUUCUUUAAUUUUUUUAGUAAAAAUGCAGUAUGAAUUUGAAGCGUAUGUAAAUGUCAUGAUGUUCUAUAUGUGUUCCAGAGAGGUGUAGUUGUUUGGUAUAAGUCGUUGCAAGCAGUCUUUUAAUAUCAAGUACUAUUGGUCUUGUAAGUUUAGGUUAAAUAAAGUUAAGGUUUAGAUUUAGAUCAGUCAGUCUUGUUAGUAAGAUUUAGUGCAGUCAGUCUUGUUGGUAAGGUUUAGUGCAGUCAGUCUUGUUGGUUUAGUGCAGUCAGUCUUGUUGGUUUAGUGCAGUCAGUCUUGUUGGUUUAGUGCAGUCAGUCUUGUUGGUUUAGUGCAGUCAUUCUUGUAAGUUAGGUUAAAUAACAUCAGGGUUUUGGUUUAGUGCAUUCAGUCUUGUUGGUAAGGUUUAUUUCAGUCAGUCUUGUUGGUUUAGGUUAAAUAAAGUCAGUCUUUUAGUUUAGUAUAGUGAAGUUAAUUAAGUUUAGGUGUAAUCCUCUCAGUCCAGUUGGUUGUGGCUUGGUAUUAUGGCAGUAUAGUUUGCAUCUGAAGUGAAACUAAGAGCUGAUGGUUUCUUUAAGGGUCCGUUUGCAACACUGCACUGUUUAUAUUUAAACAAAUUCACUUGUAUAUGUUGCAGAGAAUGUAUAUUUACUUCUGAUCACAGCAAACGAGAUCUCUUGAACAAAAGUCAAAAUUACACUGACAAACAGAAGACAUGUAAAUAACAAUAGAAAACUGACCACAAAAAUUGUGUGGCUUUUGUUCAACACUGAAGCUGAUAAAUGAUGCUCCUUGUUUCUUAGAGCCAGAGUGUACCCUUCAUGUAGUGAUUGUAUUUUAUCAUCACCAUCUCCAUCAUAUUAUUGUGUAAUCCUAGCUUCUAUUGGAAUUGUUUGUAAGGUAUUUAUUUUAAAAAUUGCCGUGCUUAUAACUAAGAGAAUUAUAACUUCAAAUGAAUGAUUAUGGCUUUAGUAUUAAGUUACAAGGUUUUUUGGGUUAAGUUCAUGUAAGAAAAAAGUAUAAUGUUGAACUCCAUAUAAUUUGUACUCAUUGUAACUAAAAUAUAUGUGCAGUUAAUAUUCAAUAUUGCUUUGCAGUACUAGUUGAUUGCUGUGUGUAUGUAUGGAAUUAAUGUUAUGAAUUUAAACAUGGUAAGUAGUGGACUAAAAUAA